ACAAUGCAGUUCCUAGCCUGGUUCAAUUUGCUGCUUCUCCUUCCUUGUUUCGGUACCACCAAAACCUGCUUCCCUGGCUGCCACUGCGAAGUGGAAAGCUUUGGUCUCUUUGACAGCUUUAGCUUGACCAAGGUGGACUGCAGUGGAAUAGGUUCACACAUUGUUCCUGUCCCAAUCCCUUUGGAUACCUCUUACUUGGAUCUAUCCUCAAACAAACUGGAAACAAUCAAUGAAUCGAUGCUUACUGGCCCUGGAUACACCACCUUAGUGAGCCUCGACCUGAGCUACAACAAAAUUGCCAAGAUUUCCUCCACAACCUUCUCUAGACUUCGGUACCUGGAGUCCUUGGAUCUGAGUCAUAACUCUCUGGAAGUCCUUCCGGAGGACUGUUUCUCCAGUUCUCCUCUGGGCGACAUAGAUUUGAGCAAUAACAAGCUUUUGGAUAUAGCAAUGGACGUUUUUGCUUCAAAAGGUCAAGGAAAACCCCUGAAUGUGGAUCUAUCCAAUAAUAUGCUUGGCACAAUUACGAGGCACCGUGAAAAGAGCAUCCCCAACAUCCAGAACUUAAAUCUUUCUGGAAACAGGCUAACAUCUGUGCCAAACCUCCAAGGGAUUCCUCUCCGAUACUUAAAUCUUGACGGGAACCCUCUAGUCAAGAUUAAGAAAGGAGACUUCACGGGGCUGAAAGAUUUGAUUCAUUUAUCCCUCGGUGGCUUGCGUGGCUUUGGAGAGUUAUCUCCUUAUAGCUUCAAGGAACUCCCAGCCCUCCAAGUUCUGGAUUUAUCCAACAAUCCCAAUCUGAAGUCACUGACUGCUGAAGUUGUCUUGGGUCUGAACUCCCUACAAGAGCUCAACCUCUCUGGGACAGGCGUGUCAUCCUUGCCAAAGACUGUGCUGAAAUACCUGCCUUCCAUCCAAAGCAUCACUUUGGGGAAGAACAUACAGUGUCUUAAGACCGUCAAAGAAGGACAAUACCACCGACAAAUUGGGUUGACCAAAAAAGAGGUCCUCAGUUGCUACGACAGCCACGGGUCGGUGGCAGCAGCGCCUUACGUUUCGUGAUGAAAGCUGGGGAGAAGGGGUGGGGAAAGGAGGGUGGGGGGCCGUGGGAUUUGUACAGGUGUCGGACUGAGAUGGCUUGUAGUGUGCCUUUUGUAAAACUGUCAAUAAUUUAUAUAUUUGUACAUGCCAAUACUUGAUCAUUGGUGGAUUUUAUAAACUCACAAACCCUAGCCCACAUCCGUCAGCAGGCUCCAGGUUUUACCCGCUGCGUUGAGGUCCUGCACAAAGCCCGUCAGCUCAAGAGCAGUGAUGCUGGACAAUGGGGACCAAGCUGCUCUGCGGGUCCCAGGGCAGAAUAGCUGGUCUGGAGCAAACCUUCAUGCCCUAGACACAUUUGUAGGAGCAAAGCUACAUCUCUCCAGAGCACACAC